CUCCUUCCCCUCUUCCUAUACAGAGACGUGCGUUCGCAUGGCACGUGUUCCCUCCGUCUCCCCCCUCCCUUCUUCCUCCUGCUAGCCCCCCUGAUCAACCUCCUCUAUCCCUCUCUAGAAUCCUAUCCUCUCUCUCUCUCUCUCUCUCUCUCUGCCCCUUCCGUUUCUAUCUCUCAUCCUCCAGAAUCUCCACCAUUAAUUAUCGUGAUCCCAUCUGCUUAAUUCUUGCGCGUGGAUCAGGAAGAUGGAUGUGGAAUACCAUGAGGAAUAUGUGAUGAAUCCCAGGGGGGUGCAGCUCUUCACGUGCGGAUGGCUGCCCGCUUCUCCCUCGCCCAAGGCGCUCGUCUUCCUUUGCCAUGGGUAUGGAAUGGAAUGCAGUGUCUUCAUGAAAGAAGUGGUCCUUUUCUUCCUAGUGUCAACUUCAGAAACUUCAGAUUCCAGACUGGCCCUGAUGAUGUAACUAACUACUUUCUCAUUCCUGCAUGUGGGGUCAAGUUGGCCGCGGCGGGGUUCGGUGUGUUUGGCAUCGACUACGAAGGCCAUGGCAAGUCCACGGGUGCCAGAUGCUACAUCCAGAAGUUCGACCACCUCGUCGCGGACUGCGACCGUUUCUUCAAGUCCAUCUGCGACAUGGAGGAGUACAGAAGGAAAAGCCGGUUCCUGUAUGGUGAGUCCAUGGGCGGCGCCGUUGCUCUGCUGCUGCACAGGAAGGACCCAACAUUUUGGGAUGGCGCCGUCCUCGCGGCCCCAAUGUGCAAGAUAUCAGAGAAGGUGAAACCGCAUCCGGUGGUGGUCACCCUCCUGACGCAGGUGGAGGAGCUCAUCCCGACGUGGAAGAUCGUCCCGACGAAAGACGUCAUUGACUCGGCAUUCAAGGAUCCUGUCAAGCGCGAAAAGAUCAGGAAGAACAAGCUCAUCUACCAGGACAAGCCACGGCUCAAGACAGCGCUGGAGCUGCUGAGAACCAGCAUGGAUGUCGAAGACAGCUUGUCGGAGGUGAAGAUGCCCUUCUUCAUCCUGCACGGCAAAGCCGACACGGUGACCGAUCCGGAGGUGAGCCAGGCAUUGUACGAGCGCGCCACCAGCGCAGACAAGACUAUCAAGCUUUAUCCAGGAAUGUGGCACGGCCUCACCGCCGGUGAGCCUGACGACAAUGUGGAGCUGGUCUUUGCUGACAUCGUCGCCUGGCUCAAGGAGCGCAGCCAGGAUGGUCGGGUAAGAGCUCCGUCAGAACCUGCAACUUACCAACAGGUGUCCUGUGAGUUCAGCAACAUUGACAGCAACAGCACUUUGAUACACGGCCAGCCUCAGGGUCGGCGGCGAGGCUGCUUCCCCUGUGGGCAAUGUAGAAUGUAAACAUUGAAAUAAUUCAUCCAGAGCUAUAUGUGUGGAAAAAAAGCAGCAGGUGAAAAGAUGUAAAUAGUGUGCUGCACGAAUGCUCAAUAAAUAAUCUGAAUAAAAUCUCGCGUUCUCAGCUGGAACA